AUUUCGCUUCAUUUGCCAUCGCCUCCUCCUCCCUCCUCCGCCGCCGCAACCUGAAAACCCUAGCCCUAGUCUGCUAAAUAGCCGCUUGCAGCAUCAACCAUGCCGCCGAAGUUCGAUCCCAGCCAGGUGGUGGACGUCUACGUCCGUGUCACCGGCGGUGAGGUUGGUGCCGCCAGUUCUCUCGCUCCCAAGAUUGGUCCCCUGGGUCUCUCCCCCAAGAAGAUCGGAGAAGACAUCGCCAAGGAAACCGCCAAGGACUGGAAGGGCCUCCGCGUCACUGUUAAGCUCACUGUCCAAAACAGACAGGCCAAGGUCACGGUGGUUCCUUCUGCCGCUGCGCUAGUCAUCAAAGCACUGAAAGAGCCGGAGAGGGAUCGGAAGAAGACCAAGAACAUCAAGCACAAUGGAAACAUUAGUCUCGAUGAUGUAAUCGAGAUUGCCAAGGUCAUGCGUCCCAGAUCCAUGGCUAAAGAUUUGCGGGGUACCGUGAAGGAGAUUCUGGGUACUUGUGUUUCCGUUGGAUGUACUGUCGAUGGCAAGGACCCAAAAGAUCUGCAGCAGGAAAUUGCAGAUGGUGAUGUUGAGAUACCCGAGUGAAAAUGAGAAAUUUCUUCUCUUUAGUCAUUAAGUUUAGUAAUUUUGUGUUUUUAAUUCAGUUUUGGAUAUUUGUGAUAGUAUCAUUAUGGUUUUAAGGUAGUCACCAAGGUAUGGAUUUUGAUCCAAAAGGAUGAAAUGUGGAGUUGUUUUAUUUCUGAAGGUGGGGAUGUAACCUUUACUCUUUUCUUUCUUUCUUUCUUUCUUUCUUUUUGGAUAAUGUUUAGGUCAUCCAUCUGAUCUUAAUCACUAAGAUUUGCAUUUUCUAAUAAUGCCUUUGGUUUGGUUUCUGUGUUGAAUUGUUGGAUGGUAAUAGAAUCGUGGAAUUUGC